AUCCAGUUUGCUGACCAGAAGCAGGAGUUCAACAAGCGCCCCACGAAGAUCGGGCGCCGCUCGCUGUCCCGCUCCAUCUCCCAGUCCUCCACCGACAGCUACAGCUCAGACAGCUCUGAUGAUGAGACCUCCCCCCGGGACAAGCAGCAGAAGAACUCCAAAGGCAGCAGUGAUUUCUGUGUGAAGAACAUAAAGCAGGCAGAGUUUGGGCGCCGAGAGAUUGAGAUUGCUGAGCAAGAGAUGCCUGCACUGAUGGCUCUGAGGAAGAGAGCCCAGGGGGAGAAGCCCCUGGCCGGGGCCAAGAUUGUGGGCUGCACACACAUCACGGCGCAGACGGCG